CACCAAUUGAAUAGAAACACUCUACUUCAAUAAUAUGCCUCCUCCUCCACCACCUCCUCCACCACCACCUCCUGGACCUCCACCUCCUCCUGGAGCCUCAGCCUUGACGGCUAAUUUACCUCCAGGACCUCCGGCUGUAAUGCCCCCCGGUCGGGAUGCCUUACUUGGAGAUAUUCGAAAAGGUAUGAAGUUGAAAAAGGCCAUUACCGUUGAUAAAUCUAAACCCAUGAUAGAUUCCAAAAUAUCCAUGUCAGUUACACCAGCCGAUUCCGGUACAACAAGUAUGGCAUCUUCGCCUCCACCAUCUUUAGGUGGGCCUCCACAAUUGGGAGAUAUAUUCGCCGGCGGAGUUCCUAAACUAAAGCAUGUGGACAAUAGAUCAGGAUUAGUUCCUCCAUCUGCUCCUAAGAUUCCUACAUUCUCAAUUCCUUCUGCUAAUGCUAAUACUAAUGCUCUGGCUCCAACUCCUCCUAAUAUUCCGUCUUCAAGACCUCCUAAACGAAAUAGUCUAACAUCGGUUCCAACCGUACCUUCACUUCCAACAGGUCUUCCUCCAAGUGCUCCACCUUUACCAACUUCUGCUCCACCAAUUCCUGGCAGUUUACCACCUCCAACUCCUAAAUUGCCUCCUGGUAGACCAAAGAAGUCAUCGCAUAUGAAAUCAAGUUCCAUUAACUCAACAAAUUCUUUUGAAGCACCUUCUGUACCAGCCGGUCCACCUCCUUUACCAAACGUAGCACCACCACCUCCAGGUCCUCCACCUCCAGGUCCUCCACCGCCACCUGGCCCACCACCACCUUCUUUUCCUAAUAGCUCGAAAUCUUCCGUGCCUCUGGCUCCUCCCAUUCCUGGUGGUCUACCGUUCUUGGCAGAAAUCAAUGCUAAGAGAGAUGACAAAAAUGUACUAGAUGCAGUAAAGGCUCCUUCCUUGCCAACUGGAUUGCCCCCUCCUCCACCACCUAUCCCUUCAUCGUUACCUCCUGCUCCACCUCAAAUACCAGGUGGUCUACCACCACCUCCCCCAGCUUUCCCUGUUGGAAAUGCUGCACCACCCCCACCUCCACCACCUCCUCCUGCUUUUCCUAGUGGAAAUGGAAUCUCUUCGCCACCACCUCCUCCACCUCCUGGACCACCACCUCCUCCAAUUCUUUCCAGCUUACCCCCUAAAAAAUCAAGUUCUACUGCUAGUCUGGCCCCAUCAGUUUCACCAGGUGGAGCAUUACCAUUCCUUGCUGAAAUUAACUCUAGAAGAGAUGAGUCUUUUGUUGUAGACGGAACCAACAGUUAUUCAACUACGGAAUCUCCUUCGGAAUCUCCAGCUCCAAGAGCCCCUCAACCUCCUAGAGCC